GAUAGAAUGGCUCGGGGUGGAUUGGGGGCAGAAGAGGCCUCCUUAAGGUCGAAUGCAUUGUCCUGGCUGGCCUGUGGGCUCUUGGCCCUGCUGGCCAAUGCCUGGAUCAUCCUUAGCAUCUCAGCCAAACAACAGAAGCACAAGCCGCUGGAGUUACUGCUCUGCUUCCUGGCUGGGACACACAUACUCAUGGCAGCUGUGCCCCUUACCACCUUCGCUGUGGUGCAGCUUCGGCGCCAGGCAUCCUCUGACUAUGACUGGAACGAGAGCAUCUGCAAGGUCUUUGUGUCCACUUACUACACGCUGGCCCUGGCCACCUGCUUCACAGUUGCCUCGCUCUCCUACCAUCGCAUGUGGAUGGUGCGCUGGCCCGUCAACUACCGCCUCAGCAAUGCCAAGAAGCAGGCACUGCAUGCCGUCAUGGGCAUCUGGAUGGUCAGUUUUAUCCUUUCCACGCUGCCAUCCAUUGGCUGGCAUAACAACGGAGAACGCUACUAUGCCCGAGGCUGCCAGUUCAUAGUCUCCAAGAUUGGCCUCGGUUUUGGCGUUUGCUUCAGCCUCUUGCUUCUCGGGGGCAUCGUCAUGGGAUUAGUCUGUGUGGCUAUCACAUUCUAUCAGACACUGUGGGCCCGACCCCGGAGAGCUCGGCAGGCCCGGAGAGCGGGGGGCAGUGUGGGAGCCAAAGCGGGUGGGCUGGGGGGCUUGGGCACCCGGCCAGCUUUUGAGGUGCCAGCCAUUGUGGUGGAGGAUACUCGAGGGAAGCGGCGGUCCUCACUGGAUGGCUCUGAAUCUGCCAAGACAUCCUUGCAGGUCACCAACUUGGUCAGCGCCAUCGUUUUCCUCUAUGACUCACUCACAGGGGUGCCCAUCUUGGUGGUGAGCUUCUUCUCCUUGAAGUCAGACUCAGCUCCGCCAUGGAUGGUGCUGGCUGUGCUGUGGUGCUCCAUGGCACAGACUCUGCUUCUGCCCUCCUUCAUCUGGUCCUGUGAGCGCUACCGUGCAGACGUGCGCACAGUGUGGGAGCAGUGCGUGGCUAUCAUGUCUGAGGACGAUGGCGAUGACGAUGGGGCCUGUGAUGACUACACAGAUGGCCGAGUGUGCAAAAUCCGUUUUGAUGCUAAUGGGGCCACAGGAUCAGGCAGCCGGGACCCCUCCCAGGUGAAACUGCUGCCCGGACGGCAUAUGCUCUUUCCGCCUCUUGAGAAAGUACACUAUUUACAGGUCCCUUUGUCCCGCCGAUUGUCCCAUGAUGAGACCAACAUCUUUUCUACUCCUCGGGCACCAGGCUCCUUCCUGCACAAGUGGUCAUCCUCUGAUGACAUCCGGGUCCUCCCAGCCCACAGCCGAGCCCUUGGGGCGCCUCCUGAAUACUUGGGACAGGGACACAGGCUGGAGGAUGAGGACGAUGAGGACGAUGCUGAAGGUGGGGGCUUAGCCAGCCUUCGCCAGUUCCUAGAAAGCGGCGUUCUGGGGUCAAGUGGGGCACCCCCACGAGGUCCUGGCUUCUUCCGGGAGGAGAUCACCAUGUUCAUCGACGAGACGCCUCUGCCUUCUCCAACUGCCUCACCAGGACCCUCUCCUCGUAGGCCUAGGCCACUGGGUUUUUCACCUCGACGACUCUCCCUUGGGUCUCCUGAUAGCCGAGCGGUUGGACUUCCUUUGGGGCUAAGUGCAGGGAGACGCUGUUCCCUGACAGGGAGUGAGGGAAGUUCAAGGGCUUGGGGAAGACCUUGGGGCCCAGGGAACCCCAUCUUCCCCCAGCUCACCCUGUGAGGCCACAUGGGGACCUGCUUAACUCAGAGGAGGGGACGAGGGUGAGUGAGCACUCCUCAUUCUGGCCCUGAGCCUGUGGGAGCUGCCUCCAGAGAGAUGGGCACUAGAUAUGGGCUCUGGAGCCCAAUUCUCUCCCAUCCAAGCGACCAGAUACCCUACUCACCCGUCUUCACCCCUAGCAAAAUGUAUUAAAAGGCUGAAGUGUUGCCAUGGAAAUCUUGUGUUCAGCAUCUGCGGUGGAGAAUGGUCAGUGGCUUGGACAAGGGAGAGUGGCUCAUAGAGGACAAAAUGGAGAAAGGGCACGGGGAAAAGAUACAGAGAUGGUCCAACAUGCAGACAUAGGAGAAAUGGGCUUAGAAGCAUAUGAUCCUGAGAUGGGACGCUUGAGUGUGUUAGCUUGAAAUGGAACGGAUCUUUGUUUAAAUUAGUAAAAGCGCGCAAUCUUCAUCUCCCCUAAGUGCAUCGGGUCUUCAUUUUUCUGGG